ACACAUUACAGUGUUUAAUAUAUUUACUAAAGCAAAUUCAAAUGGCUGGCGGCGGCUCUCUUGUUGAAUCUGUGCCAAGCAUGAGUCUCCUGACUAUCUCCGACCACCAUUACGAAGGCGGCGAUGAUGAACAAAAAUCGAUCGUCGUCGUAGCUUCAUCAUCAGCUCCGAUUGUCUCGUCCUACAACGACAGAAUCCGGCCGCUCCUCGAUACCGUCGACCGUCUCCGCCACCUCAAAAUCAUGGAGGAAGGCAUCCAGCUCCCCACCAUCGUCGUCGUCGGCGACCAGUCCUCCGGCAAGUCCAGCGUGCUUGAGUCACUCGCCGGAAUCAGCCUCCCUCGCGGCCAGGGUAUCUGCACACGUGUCCCGCUCAUCAUGCGCCUUCAGAACCACCCUAACCCUAACCCGGAACUCUUCCUCGAGUUCGCCGGAAAAACAGUCCCCACCGACGAAGAACACAUCUCAGACGCCAUCAGCCUCGCCACCGAGGAGAUCGCCGGAAACGGAAAAGGGAUCUCCAGCAACCCUUUAACCCUAAUCGUGAAAAAGAACGGUGUCCCAGAUUUAACCAUGGUUGAUCUACCCGGAAUCACUAGGGUUCCGGUUCACGGGCAGCCCGAAGAUAUAUACGAACAAAUCUCUAAAAUAAUAAUGGAGUUUAUCACACCGGAAGAGAGCAUUAUCCUAAAUGUUUUGUCUGCAAGUGUUGAUUUCACCACGUGUGAGUCCAUAAGGAUGUCACAAAAAGUGGAUAAAACUGGGCAGAGAACACUCGCUGUCGUAACGAAAGCCGAUAAAUCCCCUGAAGGCCUGCUCGAAAAGGUUACUGCCGAUGACGUCAGCAUCGGCCUUGGUUACGUAUGCGUGAGGAACCGUAUCGGGGACGAGUCGUACGAGGAAGCGAGGGCGGAAGAGGCUAAUCUUUUCGACACGCAUUGCCUUCUGUCGAAGAUCGAUAAGUCCAUGGUUGGGGUUCCUGUUCUUGCUGAAAGGUUGGUCAGAAUUCAGGCAAAUAUUAUUGUGAAAUGUCUGCCCGAAAUUGUUAGGAAGAUCAAUGAGAAGCUUGCGGGGAAUAUCGAAGAGUUGAAUAAGUUGCCUAAGCAUUUGACUUCUGUCGGUGAAGCGAUGGCGUCGUUCAUGCACGUUGUUGCUUCUGCUAAGGAAAAUCUGAGAAAGAUUCUCAUUCAAGGAGAGUUUGAUGAGUAUCCUGAUGCGAAAGAGAUGCAUGGUACUGCUAGGGUUGUUGAAAUGCUCAACAAAUUCUCUGCCGAUCUGCAAUCUGCAAAAGACAAGAACGCUUCCGAAAAGUUCUUACUCGACGAGAUUACGGUUUUAGAGGAAGGUAAGUCGAUUGGGCUGCCGAACUUUCUUCCGAAAAUUGCGUUUCAUACUCUCCUGCAAAAGAAGGUGAAAGCAAUAUCCGCCAUACCGUUUGACUUUGUCGAGAAAAUAUGGGGUUUCGUCGAGAAUGUGUUGAUCUCCGUCUUGCUAAGGCAUUCUGAAAACUACCCGCAGCUCGUGUCUUCCACGAAACGAGCCGCGCAGAAUCUCAUCGCGAAGAUGAAGCAAGAAUCGGUUGAUUGGGUGAACGACAUUGUCGAGAUGGAGAAGGUCUCCGACUACACGUGCGACCCCACGUACACAUCUUCUUGGAAGGAGCGAAUGUCUUCGCAGGAUCAAUUAUUGAAAGACAUUGACAACUACCGCAAAUUUGGUAAUAUUGAUGUUAGUCAUCUUCGUAAUAUGAAGGGCAGCGUGCCAGAGGCGUUCGAUUUGGGAACAAGGGUGAAUGCGUAUUGGGACAUCGUAUUGAGGAGAAUGGUCGAUAACAUGGCGCUGCAUUUGCUUUUCAAGAUUCGUAACCUGGUGAAAAACGACAUGGAGUUGGAGAUCGUGAACGAGAUAAUGGGGCCGCACGGUAACGGUCUGGAGAGGAUGAUGGACGAGUCGCCUUCCGUUGCUAUAAAACGGAACAAGUUGAAGAAGAGUAUCUCGUUGCUCAAGGAAUCAAAGGAUGUUGUUGCUAACAUCAUCGACAAGAUUUCGGACAAUUUCGAUUAUUAA